AUGGGCCGUGGUUUAGACCUUAAAACUAUUACCGAUUGGACUGUGCUAAUUGGAACUGGUAUUUCGCUUUAUUAUUUAGUUAAUAAACUGUUAACAGAUGAGGGUGGUCCAAUAUCAAAUCCUUCAAAAGAAUCACGGGAAAAACAAUCAAUAGCAUGGCAAAGACUGCUUGAAUCCAAUCCUAAAUUGGCAAAUGUACAUCUCAGUGGUUAUGAACGUAAUGCUUUGAGUUCGGUUGUUGGUCCACAUGAAAUUGAUGUCACGUUUUCCGAUAUUGGUGGCCUUGAAGAUAUUAUAGAUGAGCUAACAGAAAGCGUUAUUUAUCCUUUGACAACUCCGGAACUAUAUAACCAUAACUCUUUGCUUGAAGCGCCAACAGGUGUUUUGUUAUAUGGUCCUCCGGGAUGUGGUAAGACUAUGAUUGCUAAAGCUUUGGCUCGUGAAAGUGGGGCGAAUUUUCUCUCUAUUAGGAUGUCAUCCAUCAUGGAUAAGUGGUAUGGUGAAUCUAAUAAGAUUGUUGAUGCUCUAUUUUCCCUUGCUAAUAAAAUACAACCUUGUAUCAUAUUCAUCGACGAGAUUGAUUCUUUCCUAAGAGAAAGAGCGUCUACUGAUCACGAGGUGACAGCAAUGUUGAAGGCAGAAUUUAUGACCUUAUGGGAUGGUUUGAGUUCUAACGGCAGAAUUAUAGUCAUGGGUGCAACCAAUCGGAUUGCAGAUAUUGACAGUGCAUUUUACAGAAGAUUAUCCAAACGGUUUUCUAUUCCAUUGCCGAAUGAAGAUCAACGUAGAAAGAUUUUAAAGGUCCUUCUAGAUGACGUUGAUGUAGAUGAACAAGAUUUUGAUCUUGAUUACAUUGUUAAAUGUACAACUGGGCUUUCUGGUUCUGAUUUAAAGGAACUUUGCAGGGAUGCUGCCCUAAAUGCAGCUCGUGAAUAUAUUAGACAAAAAAGAAAACUAGCUGCUGAACCAACUAAUGAUACUUCCUCUUUGAAAUUAAAGAUGAGACCAUUAAGGACUAAUGAUUUCCUAAAGAAUUUGAAGCAGGAUGCCAGCCAUCCGUUUAUGAGCUCUAUGGCUUUAGAUUAA